GUGACAUUGUACCUGAAGGGACUGUGAAGUAAAGAUAAGCAGAUGGCUUUCUUGUCGAUCCACUACAUCUGCUUUAGCUGCUUGAUUUCUGGAGCUGCCUUGUGUGACAUGUCACAGUCAUUUAAUGGAGUAAAAGCAUGGGGGGAUAUUAUCAUUGGUGGUCUUUUUCCCGUUCACGAGAAAGUUAUUUAUACUACAGGCCAAGAGAAACCCGAACCAUUUGCCUGUGAGGCAUUUGAUAUUGCUGGCUUUAGUGGUGUACUUUCAAUGAUUUAUGCAAUAGAGAUGAUAAACAACUCCAGUCUCCUAGGAGACAUUCGGCUGGGCUAUGAAAUCCAUGAUACUUGUGCUGAAGUCACCACAGCUGUAAGAGCAACCAUGAAUUUUAUUGCAAAGUCCAACUCUUCUACAGAGUGUUUAGAACCUGAAUGUACCAACUCAGAAUAUAUUCCAAAAGUUAAAGCUGUGGUAGGAGCGUCCUAUUCUGAAAAUUCAAUGGCUGUUGCAAGAGUAUUAAACUUACUUCUAAUGCCUCAGGUUAGUUAUUCAUCAUCUGCAGAAAUACUAAGUGAUAAAUUGAGAUUUCCUGCAUUUUUAAGAACAGUGCCAAAAGACAGUUACCAAACAAGAGCGAUUGCCAAACUGGUUAAAAGAUCUGGCUGGAACUGGAUUGGAACCAUUGCGACCGAUGAUGACUAUGGUCGGGCUGCUAUAGACAGUUUUAUUUCACAGGCUACAGAGCUUAACAUUUGUAUUGCAUUUAAACAAAUUAUUCCUGCUUAUUUGUCCGAUAAGACAAUAGACAAGCAGAUAAAUGAAACAAUUAAAACUCUGUAUAAAGAAACAAAAGUGAAGGUCAUUGUUGUCUUUGCUAAACCUAAACAUAUGAUUAAACUAUUUUCAUCUCUGGAUAAAGCUGCAAUGAGUAAAAUUUGGAUUGCAAGUGAUAGUUGGUCUACAUCCUCUGAAGUUGCCAACUUUCCUGGAAUAAAAGAUGUGAAAAAUAUAAUUGGAUUUAUGUUUAAAGGAGGAAAUCUAACAUCAUUUUCAAAUUUUUUGAAAAAUCUACCAACAAAUGAGGAAUACUUAAAUAAAAAUGUCUUUCUAAAGGAAUUUAAGGAUUUGCUCUCGAGUUGUUUAGCAAAUUCAACCAACUCCUCAAAUUGUUUGUUGAACUUUAAAGUUGGAGCUUCUGAAGAUGAAAGGGAUAUCUUAAUGAAAAAUUUCCGUCCAGGAAUUGCAUACAGGACACAACUGGCUGUUGUUGCUAUUGCUAAUGGAAUUCGUGAUUUCUACACAACAGAAGAGUAUCAGAAUUCCACAGAUUUUCCACCUUGGAAGUUGCUGGAAAGUGUCAAAAACGUUACGUUUACAUACGAAGGGCAAAACAUCAGUUUUGAUUCUCAUGGAGACACCAACCUUGGCUAUCAGAUUGUCAUGUGGAAAACCAGGAAUGAGACAUUGAAUCUUCAAAAUGUUGUGGCUGAAUAUGAUAUUGAAAAUGAUGCCUUCAUUUUUAAUAGCAACGAAACAGAGGAACAGAUUGAUAGCCUAAAGAGUAUUGUCUCAAAAUGCUCAGACACCUGCAACAAAGGACAGUUUAAGAAAACAGCAGAAGGACAGCAUACCUGUUGUUAUGAAUGUAUCAACUGUACAGAGAAUCAAUAUUCCAACAAUACAGAUAUGGAUCAGUGUUUAUCGUGUGAUACCAACAAAGAGUGGUCCAGUCCUGGAAGUGCCAGAUGCAGUCUAAAAUCUCUAGAGUAUUUCACAUGGGAUAACGGCUUUGCAAUAGUUUUGCUCGUUUUGGCAAGCUUGGGUGCAAUGUUUGUGAUUGUGACUACCAUUAUCUUUGUAAGGUGCAGAGACACGCCGAUUGUCAAAGCAUCUGGAGGAACAAUCUGUUAUGUGAUUCUGUUCUGCUUGCUCUGCAGCUUUUUCAAUUCUGGCCUGUUUGUUGGAAAACCAUGCAACAUACUAUGUAAAAUCAGGCAAGUGGCCUUCGGGUUGAGCUUCACUUGCUGCGUUUCAUGUAUUUUGGUUAAAUCACUAAAAAUAAUAAUGGCAUUUAAUUUUAAUCCCAGUCUACAGAAUAUUUUACGGAAAGCUUACAAGCCAGUUCUUAUCAUCGUUUGCUGCACUGGAAUCCAAAUUAUAAUUUGUAUUACUUGGCUAAUCAUUUAUAGUCCUCAUGAAGAAAGAGUGCCCAUGCCAAAUACCAUACUCCUGCAAUGCAAUGAAGGGUCCAAUGUGGUCUUUGGUUUAAUGUUAGGGUAUAUAGCUCUACUUGCAAUGAUAUGCUUUAUUUGUGCAUUUAAGGGACGAAAACUGCCAGAAAAUUACAACGAAGCAAAAUUUAUUACUUUUGGCAUGCUAAUUUAUUUCAUUGCCUGGGUAAUUUUUGUUCCUAUUUAUGUAACCACAAAAGGAAAAUACCUUCAGGCUGUUGAAAUGGUUGUUAUUUUAAUAUCCAAUUAUGGCAUAUUAUGCUGUCAUUUUUUCCCCAAAUGUUAUGUAAUUCUGUUUAAAAAGGAUCACAAUACAAAAGAUGCCUUUUUACAGAAGAUUUUUGAAUAUUCCUCAAGGAGUGCCAGCAGAAUAUCAACAUGCAGCAUUUUAUCAACAGAUUAUUUAUCUUCACCAAAGACAUUAAUGUUUUCCGCAAACAGCCCUUCCCAUGUCAGUUCAGAUAGAAGCGACAUUUCCAUAUUUGAAAGUUGUAAAGAAAAGGACAAUGGGAGAUUAUGUAAGAGAAAUAAAUUUUUUCGAAGGAAAAGAAUGGCUAGUGUGUAAUGUGUUAAUACUCUAGCAUGUGGACUAUUUUGACAUAGGUAACCCCUAAUUUAUCAUUUUAUGUACACAUUUACCAGAGAUAAAAAGCUGUGCUCUUCAAGUUUUUUUUUUUUUUAAUCUACCACAUCGUCUUUCAAACGUGUGUGGACACUUCAUACAGAAACAAAUUACCUAAAGAAAUUCCCUUUCAUUUAUAUGCUGACAGAAAACAGAAAUGCACAAAUGGCACAUUUUCUGAAAUAAGGACCUAUAGGUAGAGCAUGUGUAUUUUUACAAAAAGUUGUUAACUUAAUUUAACUCUGUAAUCAGGCACUGCAAACUUUCUAAAUCAAAAAUGUUCUUCAGAUGCGCUUUUAAUCUUAGAAGUUCAAGUGGAACUUUGCCUGAUCAGGUUACCUUUAAUAAUAGAAUCAUAGCAUUGGUUACAACAAGACAAAAGCCAUUCUGCAUUUCUUAAUGUCUAAAAUGUCACCAGAAGCAAGGGCAAGUGCCAUUGGCAUUCUGUUUUCCUGACUUCAGGCAAGGUUUUAGAGGACCAACAUCACAGGAUCUGGUCAUCUUCAGCUAACCACACCAGAGCUUGGCUGGUACAUCACAUCACACUACUCCAUUUGAGAGAUAAUUUCUGAUCUGCUACCUGUAAUGUUGCUAAAAGUGACAGCUGGCUCACUGCCCAUUUCAGUGACGGGAAAAUGAAAGAGAGACUCCAUGUUUCUGGCCUUAAUGCAAGAGUACCUGUCAGAGGCCAUCUUCUCACAACUUCUAGGAAAACUGACAAACAGCAGGACAAUGUCAGGCAAUACACAUAUAUCGUGAAGAAUCAAAGCUGGUGUCCAUAUGCUCCCUUGGCCUGUCUGCUUUACCCCUUAGAGCAUCACUGAGGUGUCUAUGAUCUAAACAUACAUAGACUCAGCUCCAGAUUCACAGGCUCAUUGGCUGUUUGUGCCAGAGAGACCAAGCAGUGUUGAAGGUGAAACAACUUAUUUUUUAUUUUAAUUUUCAAAUGAUCAGCUGCAAUUGAAACUAAUCUUGAAGUAUUUCAGAUGUUAAACACAAAUGACAAAAAGUAAAAUUAAAAUGAUUUGCAGCAUGACUCUUAUGGUCAAUGAAUUAUAACUUAAUUUAUAUGCAUGAGCUCAGGAAUGAGGGAGUAUAGCUCAGUAUUCCAUGACUGGAGCUUGCAUAUUCCACAUGAAUUUACUCCUGGUGCUGAUUUUUUUCCCUAAAUUCUAAAACAUAUGCACAUUAGGAAAACUGUCAACUCUAAAUUAGCUGGGUGUUAAAGAGUGCUGAAGUGUGUUUAUGUGGCAUACCAUGCUCUGUUGGCUCCUGCUAUGUACCUAGUGCUGCUGGGAUAGUCUCUGGCUUCAAAAGGACCCUGUUGACAGGGUAGAAUAUAUUUACUUUAAGUUCUUGUUCUAUUAUAAUUCAAACUUUAAGAAAAUGUAGCCAUUUCAGAUUGAGGUAAGAAAGACAAGUUUCAAGUUGAGGUAGUUAUACUCUCAAGGUGCUGGAGAGUGACGACAUUUUGCACACUGAUAAGCAAAUUUCACUGUAAUUGAAUUUCACUCUAGUCUGAACAUGUGACAAUCUAGGGUGGAAAAACUGGUUCAGAAAAUGCCUAGAUGGUUGCAGAGCUACCUUAACCAGAACUUUGAAAGUAGAUGGAGCUCACAGUGUUAAUGCCCUUAACAUUUAGCCAGUAAGGAAUAGAGAAGAGGCUAGAAGUCAUGACUCAGAGCUGCACAGCUAGACGUAUGGCUCUUAUGGUCUGAAUGAGCUUUUCCACAAAUUUCUCUCCUGAAAUCCUAGAUAAAUAUUCUGGAGUGGAUAUACAAAUUAAGCUAAAUAUUGGUGGAUCAAAAGUGACAAAUAAAGUUUACUCAGUAGUUUUGUUACAUCAUGGAUACUAAAAAGCAUUAGUAUAAAUUUGGAGAAAGUGUAUAAAAACAUUUAAUCUAGAGAGUAUACUGCAUUUUCACACUACUGACAUUGGGAUUUCAGAAUAAACCACCAAGUCAAGCAGAUGUAGAGAACAUCCUAGCUUCUAAAUAGUCUGCUCUGAUUUGUAAAAUACAACAUAUUGUUAUAAAUAUCCAUCCAUUCAUUUUCCAAACUCAUAUAUCCAGAUCAGGGUCACAAUGAAGUUUUAGCCUAUCCCAACAAGCAUCAAGCACAAAGCAGGAACAAUUCAUGUAUAAGAUAUCAGCUUAUCACAGAGUGAACACAGACAGACAUCAGAGGCCUAUAUACUGUAGCAUCACCAGUCGACCAAACUGCAUGUCUUUGGACUGUGGUAGGAAGCAUGGAGAGAACAUGCACACUCCACGCAGACAGCAUGUCACCAUGCCACCUUCUUAAAAUAAUUAAUGGUAUAAAUGCAGCUAAUUUUUGUACAGUAAAUGAGGGAAACCCUGACAAAAUUUCACUUCUUAUUAUUUAACUAGCUGUGUAAGCCCAUGCUGUAAAAAGUCCUAGAAACUAAUUAAAUUGUCACAAGAAAAAUUGAAAGGUAAAGAUGUCAGGUAAUUGAAAUGAAAUACUCUGGGCAUCUCUUUCCUAGGAGGUUUCAUUUUGCCA